AUGGGGAUGGUGGUGCGCCCGGCUUCAGAUGGGUCUGACAUUCCAGCUCCUCCUAUAUUGACUCCUCCAUCAUCACCAUAUCCACCGACUGAUUCUGCUCCAUCAGAUAUUACCGAUUUAUUCUUGAGUGUUCACUAUUUGUGGGACUUGAAGUUUUUAGUUUCAUCUCUUCUGCUUUCAUUUGCUUGUGCAUGCGAUAGAUGUGUUCACCAAUCCAAGGCUUCUCACUCCACAUCCCCCUUACCCAUUGCAGCUGGAGCUUGUGGGUAUGGUCCCAUUGCUCUGGACUUUAAUGGAGGGUAUGUUGCUGCUGCAAACCCAGCUCUCUAUAAAAAUGGUGUUGGUUGUGGGGGUUGCUUUCAGAUAAGGUGCAAGAACUCCAAAUUAUGCAGAAGCAGAGGUGUUAAGGUGGUCCUUACAGACGUAAACCAGAAGGACAACCAAACUGAUUUCAUUCUAAGCCCCAAAGCUUUCAUGGCUUUGGGGAGACCAGGAAUGGCUCCUCAACUAAAGAAACUAACCACUGUUGACAUUGAAUACAAGAGGAUUCCAUGUGAGUAUAAGAAGCAUAACUUGACAGUGAGAGUAGAGGAGACUAGCAAAAAGCCAAGCCAUCUUUCAAUCAGUUUGCUCUAUCAGGGUGGUCAGACUGAGAUUUCUACUGUGGAUGUGUCUCAGGUUGGAUCUGGGAACUUUAGAUUUAUGAGAAGGAGAGGUAUCAGUGCCAUCUGGGACAUGAGUGAUGCGCCAACAGGAAAUCUCCAACUCCGAGUAGCAGUCACCGGCGGCUACGACCCCGUUUGGAUCAUCACUGACGAGGUCUUGCCGGCAGACUGGAAAAUUGGAUCAGUUUAUGAUUCUGGUUCACAGAUAAAUGAGAUCGCUCAAGAAUUGUGCUCUCCUUGUGAUACAAAACAAUGGAAGUGA